AUGAAUCGAUUCCAUCGUUGGAACGAUAUUUCGCAGGACGAGACAACGGGAGUUCAUCGCCACGAGCCGUCCGACUUCUUCAUGACGAAAGGGCCGAACAUCAAAGCCCAUUUCAAUCCCGAAGAGCGCAUCCCAUUUAGAUUUGAGGAGGAUUCUAGGGCGUGGAAUGUCGUCGAUAAUGUGGACUGGGAGCCCCUUGAUACGCCUGGCGAUAAGCGAUAA